AUGGUCUACGGAUGUAGCCGUACCCAUUUCGAGGCUUCCGGACAUUAUAGGGAAGCAAACGAGCAAGCUUAUUCCAACAAACAUGGCCGUACUGACUGUGGUAUAGAGAUUUCCAAGAAGGAAAUGGAUGAUCUUGGUCUUUUCGCGAGUAUCCUCGGACACAUUGGAGAUGGCAAUUUCCAUGAGAGCAUCAUGUAUAACAGCAAAGACCCCAAAGAACGCGCGGCCGUCGAGAAGUGUGUACAUGAUAUGGUCGAUCGCGCUCUGGAAAUGGAGGGCACCUGCACUGGUAUGAUGAGAAAGACGUAA